ACACAGAGACAAACCAAGCAAGCAAAGAAGAGCAACUGCCACUGCAUAACACCGAGCGUUUCUCUCUGCUACCAUUUGUUUCUGCUACUUCGACAAUGCAAUCCCUAGCCUUCUCUCACCAUCUCUCUCCACUUCCCUCCUCCUUCUCCACCGUCAUUUCCACAAGAAGACGGCCUCCGAGCUCCCUCGCUUGUGUCCGUCCACUCAAGUGCAUUUCCCGCUUGAGCUCUUCAUUAGUUGCUGAUGAGGCGAGGUUCGCAGAAGCUGCUAAACAUGGAAAUUUGGUGCCACUUCACAGUUCCAUAUUCUCUGACCAGCUAACUCCGGUUACUGCUUACCGAUGCCUGGUUAAAGAAGAUGAUAGAGAGGCUCCAAGCUUCCUUUACGAGUCUGUAGAGCCUGGUUUUCGGGUUUCAAGUGUUGGACGCUACAGUGUCAUUGGAGCUCAGCCAUCAAUUGAAAUUGUGGCGAAAGAAAAUAAGGUUACAAUAAUGGACCAUGAAGAAGGGUCUCUGACUGAAGAGUUUGUUGAAGAUCCAAUGACAAUACCAAGAAAAAUUUCAGAGGGCUGGAAACCCCAAGUAAUUGCUGAACUUCCAGAAACUUUUUGUGGUGGCUGGGUUGGCUAUUUUUCUUAUGAUACAGUACGAUAUGUGGAGAAGAAAAAGCUUCCGUUUUCAAGCGCUCCUAAGGAUGACAGAAAUCUGGCGGACAUACACCUUGGCCUAUAUGAUGAUGUGAUUGUAUUUGAUCAUGUGGAGAAGAAAGUCCAUGUGAUCCACUGGGUGAGGAUGGAGAGACAUUCCUCUGUGGAAGAUGCUUACUCUGAUGGAAUCAAGCGAUUAGAAAAAUUGUUGGCCAGAUUGCAGGAUAUUGACCACCCAAGGCUAUCUGCAGGAGUUGUAAACUUACAAACUCGCCAUUUUGGCCCCUCAUUGACAAAUUCCAACAUGGCAUGCGAAGAGUAUAAGGGGGCAGUAUUAAAGGCCAAAGAGCACAUUCUGGCUGGAGAUAUAUUCCAGAUAGUAUUAAGUCAGCGUUUUGAACGCCGAACAUUUGCUGACCCAUUUGAAGUCUAUAGGGCACUGAGAGUUGUGAAUCCCAGUCCUUACAUGACUUACUUGCAAGCCAGAGGCUGUAUUCUAGUUGCCUCAAGUCCAGAAAUUCUUACACGUGUAAAGAAGAAUAAGAUAGUUAAUCGGCCGUUAGCUGGAACUAUCAGAAGAGGGAAAACAACUGAAGAAGAUGAGAUGUUGGAGGGGCGUCUACUAAAUGAUCCAAAGCAGUGUGCAGAGCAUAUCAUGCUGGUUGAUCUGGGCAGAAAUGAUGUUGGAAAGGUCUCAAAAUAUGGUUCUGUGACAGUGGAAAAACUCAUGAAUGUUGAAAGAUAUUCCCAUGUCAUGCAUAUAAGCUCCACGGUUACCGGAGAAUUACAGGAUAAUCUCUCUUGCUGGGAUGCUUUGCGUGCUGCUUUGCCUGUUGGAACUGUUAGUGGAGCACCAAAGGUGAAGGCAAUGGAAUUAAUAGACCGGUAUGAGGUUAACAGGCGAGGCCCAUACAGUGGAGGAUUUGGUGGCGUGUCCUUCCUAGGCGAUAUGGACAUUGCCUUGGGACUUAGGACAAUGGUGUUCCCGACGGGAGCACGAUAUGACACGAUGUACCUGUACAAAAAUGCUGAUAGUCGGCGUGAAUGGGUGGCAUACCUUCAAGCUGGUGCAGGUAUAGUUGCGGAUAGUGAUCCUGAUGAAGAGCACCGUGAGUGCCAAAACAAAGCUGCCGGUCUUGCACGUGCCAUAGACUUGGCUGAGUCUGCUUUUAUUGAGAAAUGAGAAGCCUGUACCCUGAAUCCUCAUACAUAUUUUCCAAGCGGCUCUACCUUUGCCAUGUAGCAACAUGCUUGGUGGGUAAGCCAGCCGUGCUUGAGAAGGAAAAGCACAUAGAAAGGGAAAGAAUUUUGCCCAGCGU